CCAUCUUGGCUUGCCGCUUGCAGCAAGCACCUGCACACUUGACACAGUCCUGUGUGUCCAUCGCUACUUGCAGCAGCAGCUGCAGGUGUAGUGGACCUAGGUAGCUAGCUGUGUAUAGCACGUGGCCACGUUCGUGACCCUGCACUGCAGCUGCAGCAGCAGGUAACGGGUGAUCCUAUCAUGGGCGACGACGUGCGUGGCCUGCGCGCCGCCGCCGUGACGACCGCCGCCGGCGUCGUGCCGGCGAAGACGCCGGAGCGCGCGCGGCUGCACGUGGCGAUGCUGGCGCUGCAGUUCGGGUACGCCGGCUUCCACGUGGUGUCCCGGCUGGCGCUCAACAUGGGCGUCAGCAAGCUCGUCUUCCCCGUCUACCGCAACCUCAUCGCGCUCUGCCUCCUCGCGCCCUUCGCCUACUUCCUAGAGAAGAAGGACAGGCCCGCCAUGACGCCCGCCUUCCUGCUCCAGUUCUUCCUGCUGGCGCUGUGCGGGAUCACCGCGAACCAGGGCUUCUACCUGCUGGGCCUGGACAACACGUCGCCGACGUUCGCGUCGGCGAUCCAGAACUCGGUCCCGGCCAUCACCUUCGCGAUGGCGGCGGCGCUGGGCAUCGAGCGGGUCCGCCUCCGCCGCCGGGACGGCCUCGCCAAGGCGGCCGGCACCGUGCUCUGCGUCGCGGGCGCCACCGUCAUCACGCUCUUCAAGGGCCCCGCCGUCUUCGGCCCGGCGCCCUCCGUGGCCGCAGCCGUGCCCGUGCCCAUGCCCGCGCCGGGCGGCGGCAACAACAACAACAACAACAAGAGCUGGGCGCUGGGGUGCGUCUACCUCAUGGGCCACUGCCUGUCGUGGUCCGGCUGGCUCGUGCUGCAGGCGCCCGUGCUCAAGCGCUACCCGGCGCGCCUGUCCGUCACCUCCUACACCUGCUUCUUCGGCCUCCUCCAGUUCCUCGCCGUCGCCGCCGUCUUCGAGCGCGACGCCGCCGCCUGGGCGCUCGGCUCCGGCUCCGAGCUCCUCACCAUCCUCUACGCGGGGCUGGUGGCGUCCGGCGUGGCGUUCGCGGUGCAGACGUGGUGCAUCGACCGCGGCGGCCCGGUGUUCGUGGCUGUCUACCAGCCCGUGCAGACGCUCCUCGUCGCCGUCAUGGCGUCGCUGCUCCUCGGCGAGCAAUUCUACCUCGGCGGGAUCAUGGGGGCAGUGUUCAUCAUCGCUGGACUCUACCUGGUGCUGUGGGGCAAGAGCCAGGAGAGGGCGCUCGCUGCAAAGCAAACCGCCGCCGCCGCCGCCGGAAGCGUCUGCGACGACGACGCGGCUGCCUCCUGCCUGAAGCAGCCGCUGCUACCGCCGCCGCCGGCGACCUCGGAGGCCGUGUGAUCUCCAAUCGGACCCGACCGAUCAUUUUCAUACGGCGGAGGAGUGUAUGCAUGCAUCUGUCAUCGCGCCUCAUCAUCAGCAUGCAUGUUAGGUUAAUCCAUCCAUCCAUCACCUAUCACAUGGCUAGAUCUGAGUACCAAUACAAGCAGUUGCGUGGCGAGUAACAUGUACAACGAUUGCAACCUUUCGUCAGCGAACUGCAGCUGCUCCCGUUUUUAUAUGAUAUUGCAACUGGACCUAUAUAUUUUAAUUUUGUUUAGCUUAAGUGGGACAGCAGUUGACCGAGCAUGAGUGGCAACUGCCAUGAAUGUCGUCGAUCAUUAGGUACAAUCCAUGUGAUCGGUGCUUUAGAGAUCGAGUUAUUAAUUCUCACAAAAAAAACUUAUGAU